AUGUCAUCCUCCGGUAUGAUGCAGGCUGUUGUUUUCAAGGGACCUUUCAAGGUUGCCGUGGAACAGAGACCCAUUCCCACGGUGCAGGAUCCAGAGGAUGUUGUUGUCAAGGUCGCAUAUACGGCGCUCUGUGGGAGUGAUCUCCAUAUGUACCGUGGCAUUGAGCCUAGCCCCGCGGGACCUAUCAUGGGCCAUGAGUUCAUGGGCGAGAUUGUCGAGGUUGGCAGUGAGGUGAAGGCGCUGCAGAAAGGUGAUCAUGUAGUCAGUGCCUUUACUACUUCUUGCGGCAAGUGUUUCUACUGCAAACAGGGAUACUCUUCCCGUUGUGAGAAGAAUACUCUCUUCGGCUGUGAGCGCCUGGACGGUGCUCAAGCCCAAUAUGUUCGUGUCCCGAAUGCCGAGGGCACUGUCAUGAAGGCACCAGAGGGUCUUGAUGAGAAGUAUCUCGUCCUGAUGGGUGAUAUCUUCCCCACGGGCUACUUCGCCGCCAGCAAUGCGUUCAAGAACUCUACUCUGGAGCAAAUCGCCGAGCAGACUGUGGUUGUGAUCGGCUGUGGUCCUGUCGGCCUUUGCGCGCUCAUCAACGCUCUCGAGUACAAGCCUAAGCAUGUGUUGGCGGUUGACUCCGUCCCGUCCAGACUGGAGCUUGCCAAGUCGCUCGGCGCCGAGCCUUGGAACUUCAUCACUGAUCGCGAGGGUCUGGAUAAGCGCGUGCUGGAGUUGACCGAGGGUCGGGGUGCAGAUGCCGUUAUUGAGGUCGUUGGUCUGAGCCCUGCACUGCGCACCGCAUAUGACCUGCUGCGACCUUUCGGAACUAUUAGCAGUGUUGGAGUCCACAACGCCGAGAUUCCUUGGGAUGGAAACGAUGCCUAUAACAAGAAUUUGACUGUCCACAUGGGUCGAUGCCCAGUGCGCUCAGUCUCUGAUAAGGCACUAGCAGUUCUGAAGAAGAACCAACAUAAGCUUGGAUUUAUGACCGAGAAUAUCAUGCCUCUCUCACAGGCAGUGGAAGCGUACGAACUGUUCAAUGCGAUGAAGGUGCAAAAGGUGGUGUUUGUGGCGGACAAGUAA